UAGAAAUCUUGGAGAAAAAUAAAAUAGUGAGCGGAUCCCUAGCUUAGCUUGCUUGGGGGUAUGAUGUUUGGACGACUACGAUUGACGACGACCAUGGCUAUUCGCUCCUUCGCCGUGGUCUUCUUCUUGCUGAUCAUCGGCGGGAGAUGGAUCGUCUUUGCCGAUGGCAGCGGCGGCGGCGCGAGGAACGGCCACUCCGGCGGAUUAUGGUCGUCGGCUGUUGCUCCUUCUAAUGUUGGCUUAGCUGUCGCUAUCACCGUCAUGGCCGGUCUCGCCAUGGCUUUCACCGUCUACUCCCGUAGAGGGAGCAUAGGAUCACCUUGGCCACUGAGGAGAAGAAAGCAUGCUCUUCAGCCUAGUCAGUGGAAUUCUUUUUUCACCCACCAAGGUCGACUCAGGGAUGGAGGUGUCAAAUUUCUCAAGAAAGUUCGCAGUGGGGGUGUGGAUCCAAGCAUCAGACCAGAAGUUUGGCCGUUCCUCCUUGGAGUGUAUGACUUAAACAGCACAGAAGAAGAAAGAGGUUCUAUUCGACAGCAGAAACAGAAGGAAUACGAAAACCUGCGGAGACAGUGUCGCGAGAUUCAUAAACGCAAUGAAAAUGGUUGUGACUCAAAGCAAACAGCUCAGAGCAGCAGCACCGAAGACAGCCAGGUUCUUGAUUCCCAUGAUAUUGCAGAAGUCAACAGUUCAAAGAGAUCCAUCCAAGUAGAAGAAUCAGAAGAGUUGAAUUCCGAAUCAAUUCUUCAGGAUGGGGACUGUAAAAAGAGUGGCGUUACCUCCGAAGAUACUGCUAAUGACUCGGACUCAACCAAAUCUGAAGAAACCGAGACUUCACCUCUACUAGCGAAAGAAGAAGCAGAAAGCCACAACACGGUUAAGUCAAACUCAACCAACUCUGUAGAAACCGAGACUUCACCUCUUCUAGCGAAAGACGAAGCAGAAACCCAAGACAUCUCUAAGUCAAACUCAACCAAAUCUGUAGAAACCGAAACUUCUCCUCUUGAGGCCAAAGACGAAGCAGAUAGCCACGACACUGUUAACUCAGAUGCAGCCAACUCUGAAGAAACCGAAACUUCUCCUCUUAUAGCCAAAGACGAAGCAGAAAACCAAGACUCCAUUAACUCAGAAGAAACCGAGAUUUUGCCUCUUGUAGCCAAAGAAGAAACAGUAAGCCACGGUAAAAUCAACCAAGAAAAAGGCACUCUGACUCCAUCGUCAAAGCCUAAAUCUAAGGCAGAAGAGGAAUUCACCACAACUUGGCAGAGAAUCAUCCGCCUGGAUGCAGUGAGAGCAAAUGAUGAAUGGGUAUUCUACUCACCGUCUCAAGCUGCUGUGUCUGACACAAAAGCCCGAGGAAUAGCCACACAGGUUGGUCUUAACGACUACGAGCACUUGGACUCCUGCCGGAUCUUCCACGCAGCCCGUCUGGUUGGGAUCCUCGAAGCCUAUGCAGUGUACGACCCAGAAAUCGGGUACUGUCAAGGAAUGAGCGACUUACUAUCUCCAUUAAUAGCAGUAAUCGAAGACGACGCCUUAGCAUUCUGGUGCUUUGUCGGGUUCAUGAGUAAAGCACGGAAUAAUUUCCGGCUUGACGAGGUUGGAAUCAGGCGACAGCUCUCAAUGGUGUCGAAAAUCAUAAAAUGCAAAGACAUCCGCUUGUACAGGCACUUAGAGAACCUAGAAGCGGAAGACUGCUUCUUUGUGUACCGUAUGGUGGUGGUUCUGUUCAGACGAGAGCUGACCUUUGAGCAGACGCUGUGUCUGUGGGAAGUAAUGUGGGCGGAUCAAGCAGCGAUAAGAACGGGGAUUGCAAAGGCGACAUGGGGUAGAAUAAGGUUAGGGGCACCGCCGACAGAAGAUUUGUUGCUAUAUGCGAUAGCGGCAAGCGUGCUGCAGAGGAGGAAGACGAUAAUAGAGGAGUACAGUGGGAUGGAUGAGAUAAUGAAGGAAUGUAAUAGCAUGGCUGGUCAUCUUGAUGUAUGGAAACUUCUUGACGAUGCUCAUGACUUGGUUGCCAAUCUUCACGACAAGAUCUGAGAGAGACAGAGUGUGUGUUGAUUGAAUCUCACUCUUUACCACCAUCACUUGUUACUCUUUUUUUGUUUGGUUAGUGUUCAUCUGUUAUUGUUACUUAAAAAUGUUAAACAAAAAUAUCCCAAAAGCGGUCGAAAACGUUUUUAUUCAUGUCUUGCAAUAUUUUGUUACUUAAAUAAAAGAGAAGUAAAAGGGA